GUCAUGUCAGUGAAGUGAAAUGUGACGGGUGGUUCAUGUUUUGCUUUUUGCAUAUAACUUGUUGAUUUUAUUAAUUAAAUUAUUUGUGAAAUAGCUAAACACUUUCAGUACUACUACAGUGAGAGAUAUGUUACAUUUUUAUAAGUGAAUUUAUCAUAUUGGACUCGUCGUUAACGUGCUCCAGGAUCUGAUUGUGCAGCGAGGUGGCUGGCGCGAUGGAGGACGAGGUGACGUUCAUGUUCCAGCUGGGCGUGAUGCGCGACGUGGCCUCCGCGCCCGCGCACCUGCUCACACUCGCACACCUCAAGGAGCUCGCUGUCAAAUUCGUGCACGAGAAGAUCCCCGACAACGGACUGAACCGGCUGUCAGAGCGCAUCCUGCUGUUCCGCCACGACUACUGCUCGCCUAAUGUGCUGCAGCUCGUUAACUCCGCUUCCGACAUCACGGACGAAACCCUCGUUGAAAUUGUACUCACAGCAAACGCUCUACUGUGCGACGGUACGGAAGGUACGCCUGUGCCUCGUCCACACGCGCUCGCCGUACAUUCCUACAAGGCGCCCACAUUUUGCGAUUUCUGUGGAGAGAUGCUCUUCGGGCUCGUUCGGCAAGGACUCAAAUGCGAAGGUUGCGGCCUAAACUACCACAAGCGGUGCGCUGUUAAGGUGCCGUCGAACUGCGAAGCACCGGUCAGCGCGACUUCGAAUGCACUGGCUCCGGGCCGGCGUGCUUCCGGCGCUCCUCGCAGCCCGUCGCGCAACUCCGCGCACAGCCACGCCUCGCGCGACGACUCGCUGGUUGGCGGGAGCAGCAAACGGUCAGCGGGAGCUUGGCCACCGCCUUCAUCGCUGGGAAUACCCCACACCUUCCAAGUGCACACGUACACCCGACCGACAGUAUGCCGCCUGUGCAAGAAGCUGCUGCGAGGGCUGUUUAAGCAGGGCAUGCAGUGCGGAGACUGUCACUACAACGCUCACCGCAAGUGUCUGCCGUUCGUGCCUAAAGACUGCGGCGCAGAAAUAAGGGACGCCCAUAGUGAAUACCAAGACAGCUGCAGCACUGGUUCAGAGCUGUCAGAGAACGCGCGACUUCCCGACGACGAGUCUGACGAGGGAGCAGAUGGCACCACCGACGAUACCGAACAAGACGUAUGACUUGAUUUUUAAUUGCAUUAGUAUGCUUUUUUUGUUGUGGGGAAUCCUUAUUGAUACCCGACGCUGCAGGGGCAACGAAAAGGUUAUGUCGGACUCCUACUGGCUACAACUCCACGGUGGUCAUCAGCGUAUACGAGGGGACCCGGGAUCUCCAUUCGGAACACAACCGGGGCCCUUCCAUCGCUUUACUAUUUGUAUGCUAUCGUAUCCUUAUCAAGUCCCGGGUUGAGUUGGAUGGAAUGCCAGAAACCAUUAAAGUCAGCCCUUGUUUUAAUUGCAAGCUUAUCAAAAGUCUCCUGCUGAACAUAGGCGUUCCUCGUAGAUUGACUUCUACGAUAUUUGCCAUAUUUGCCAUGCUUGGCAAGCAGGUUGACAAGCGCAGUUUUUUUUAUUUUUUCAUCUCCUGGUCGAGUUUCUCUCUGAUUCCAACUCACACUGAUUAUACUUAUGAAAAUUUUAUAAAAUCAUCAUCUUUUAUUCCCCUGUUCAUUUCCCCGUAACUGGACCUAAAACUGCUUGAAUUUGUUUGAUGGAUGUCUAAUAACGGCGGUUUAACUGGGCAGUUUCAGUAAUUUUAGAACGUUCCUAGUUUAAAAAAAAUCAUAGGAAGAAACAAAACAUAGGAACGUCACAGUAGUAGACAAAGGUUAUAAAAAGAAAUAUUUAAAAUAUUUCCUCGAGUAUCAUUAUCCAGGGAGGAGACUAAGGCGCUGCGCAAACGUAGACACUUUAGUGUCUUGUGUGGGAUACAAGCUACCAGUGAAUAUUUUAUAUUCAUUUAUUUUUCAUUUAUGUAAUCAAUAUGAAAUUAGCCAUUCCUUGCGCAGACGCAGACACUUUUUGUGUCCAGUUUCUUCCAUGUGACACAUACCGACCGCGAAUCAAAAAGUGUUUGGUGUAGGUAACUGGAAGACCGCCUAAAAGACUCGCCGCUCGUAAAUCCUUUUCAAAACGUAUACGUAUUAAGAAAUGCUAUAUGAUAAAUUUGUUUCGUCCAAGGUGCAGCUUAGAAGGCGUGUGGAGGACUCGGAGGAACCGCAAAGGGACACCCUGCCAGAUCGGUCGGCCAGUAGACCUAGCAGGUGACUGUAGUGGAUGUGUUUGGUGCUGUGCGGUGGUGGGGUUUUGAGGUUUCUUCUCCUUCUUGAACCUUUUCGCAAUAUUCUAUUUUCCUAUUUCAUAAAAUUGUAGACAUUAUUUAAAAAAUAUCUGUUUAUGCUCCGCGCGCGUUCUGAAUGGGAUGCGACCUUUUGGAACUGAGGCACGCGAUAACCGCCCACCAGCUGUAGUGUCCGCAAACUCACGUGAUAGUGCGCGAGACGAUAGACUUAUUUGACGUGUAUUUUUGCUAGUGCUUAUUAUAAUUGUUAUCUUUGUUUUUUUUUUUGUGAUUGACGUUAUUGUGUAGGCAAAUAUAAAAUUU